CCUGUCCUGCCGCUCAACAGGACAAAGGUUGGCUGCAGGACAGGGCAGGACAGGAGGAUAAAUCAUUUUUCGUUCUGUCCUGCCGCUCAACAGGACAAAGGUUGGCUGCAGGACAGGACAGGACAGGACAGAAAAAGUUGUCCUGUGCUCAUCUCUGUAUUGAAGAGAAAAAAAAAUGUAACAUUUUAUUUUAGCCCUUCCUUUACAUGAAGAAUUAUUAUUUCAAUGGGUUGUUUCAUCAGAUACAACACGAGAUUUUCCUUUUGGUAAUAGAUUUAAACCUAUGUUAAAUUUAUAUCAAGAAGAAAAAUGUCAUCGAAUUGAAUCUGAAAAACAAGCUGAACGGUUAGUAAUAGUUAAUUAUCUAGUUAUAUUUAAUUAG